AUGUCCAUGCCUUCGCUUUUGCUUCGCACCUCACGAACCAGCAUAGCCUGCGCAUCACGAAACCUUCGAACAACCACAAACCCCUACCUCUCGUCAGCUCGCGCGAUGACUUCCAUCUCCACCACCACUCCCUCGAAUCCUCGACCAGCACCCGAUGAUGUCUCUGUCAAAACUCAUCAUAAUAAGGGCAAGAAGGGCUUCACCAACCCAUGGCCCUCGUUCCGCGAGAUGAACUUCUGGACUAUCAUGCGCUGGGUAUGGCUCGGAAAGAUAGAAGGAACACGCUCCGAUCCCGACCUCACAGGGCCCUUGCCCCCAGUACGCAAGUCUAACUUCCUUCCAACACGAGAAACAGCGACUUUACGCGCAACAUGGCUAGGUCACGCAUGCUCCUACCUCGAAUUCCCCAACGGCCUCCGCGUCCUCUUCGAUCCAGUGUUCGAGGAGAGGUGUAGUCCUUUCAGCUUCGCGGGCCCGAAGCGGUAUACGAAAGCCCCGUGCCAGGUGGAGGAUCUGCCGUUUGUGGAUGUUUUGGUGAUAAGUCAUAAUCACUAUGAUCAUAUGAGUUGGCCCACACUACAGGCGUUGAGGAAGAGAUUCCCGGAUGUGCAGGUUCUCACGCCGUUGGGGAACAAGCAGUGGUUCAAGGAGGGAGGCUUCAGGAAUGUAGAACAGAUGGAUUGGUGGGAGGAGCGGGAAGUCAAGGUAGAGGUAGAGGGUAAAGAGAUGGAAGCGAGGAUAGGGUGUUUACCAGCACAACAUACCUCCGCACGCUUCGGAUGGGAUAAGGGUGAGAGACUUUGGGGCAGUUUCAGUAUCGAAGCUGGAGGGAAGAAUGUGUGGUUCGCAGGUGAUACUGGGUAUAGAACAGUGCCGAAGCUGGGCAAGGGAGAGGACGAUUAUGGAGAGGCGCAUAAGGAUCUGCCGCAUUGUCCAGCAUUUGAGCAGAUUGGGGAGUUGAGGGGCCCUUUUGAUUUGGGACUGAUACCGAUUGGAGCGUAUGAGCCAAGGUGGCUGAUGUCGCCGGUGCAUGCGAAUCCGUAUGAUAGUGUUGACAUCUAUGUCGAGACCAAGUGUGAGAGGGCAUUGGGGAUACAUUGGGGGACGUGGGUGUUGACGGAGGAGGAGGUGUUGGAGCCACCGCGGAUGCUGAAGGAGGCGUUGAAGAGGAAGGGCUUGAAAGAGGAGGGAGCUUUUGAGGUUUGUGAUAUUGGUGAGUCGAGGGAAUAUUGA